AAGAGUAGUGGUGGUUGCCGCUGUUCAAUCAGUCUGCACGAGAGCUCUCGUCAGUUCAGCACCGCGUUCAGUGAACAGCAACUUAGUGAAGCACUGAAAAGGUGGACGGUAACGUGCAACCAGUGGCGCUGGUUAGCAUAAAAUUUAACUUCAUUUCUUGCUUUCUCCACCUGGAUUUCAUGAGCCACAAGUUUGCGGUGAAGUGAGUUUCAACGCUGAGGGCUGGAGUCUCACUGGAGUCGCUGAAUUUGAGAUGAAGCUCUGUACGGAGUAGGAAGGCAAACGGAGCGCUGCUGAUCGGUGUCUGUCUAGGCGGUCGUGUAGUGCGGUGCUGCCCGAAAACCCUCCAUUCAGAAGGAUGCUGUUGGGAAAUGCCUGGCGACAGAGAGGAUGAGAUUUGUUCAAAGGCACUCCAGCUCUUGUCGGAUCUCUGUUCUAGAGGAGAGGUGCAAAACGAGAACUGCCUGGACUUCAUAUAUUAUUUUCGGGAUCGCGCCAGACCCCGCUAUACAGAUUCAGAUGUCUCAGUGAGCCUGCUAUCUCUGGUUGUCACAGCCUGUGGUCUGGCUCUUUUUGGCGUGUCCCUUUUCGUCUCCUGGAAGCUCUGUUGGAUCCCAUGGCGUGAACGGGGUCUUAUUCCUGGAUGCAAAGACAAUCAAGACCAGUCCACUUACACAGAUGUGGAAAUCAACGACAAUGACUACAGUGAGGAUUAUGUGAAGGAGUCUACUACUGUUCCAGAGUCGGCCAUGAAGAUUAGUCACACCUCCCCUGACAUCCCCCUGGAAGCUCAGACAGAAGUAAAAGAAAAUUGCAUCCACAAUGUCCGAAUGCACAGGCAGACCACAGAGCCAACUUCUUCUGUUAGGCAUAAUUCGAUAAGGAGACAACUAAAUCUUUCCAACCCAGAUUUUACGAUACAGCAGUUUCAGAAGCAGGAUUCGCUUACUGGGCUUGGACGGAUUAAACCUGAGCUGUAUAAGCAGAGAUCGGUAGACACAGAUGAUGGCAGAAGAAACAACAGCAAAGCGUGUGGGAAGCUCAAUUUUAUCCUUAAAUAUGAUUGUGAUUUGGAACAGCUGAUUGUCAAAAUCCACAAAGCAGUUGAGCUGCCAGCCAAAGACUUCUCUGGAACCUCAGAUCCUUAUGUCAAGAUUUAUUUGCUCCCAGACCGCAAAACCAAACAUCAGACUAAAGUGCACAGGAAAACCUUGAACCCUGUCUUUGAUGAAGUAUUUUUAUUUCCUGUGGCCUACAAUGAGCUCCCUACUCGAAAACUUCAUUUCAGUGUUUAUGACUUUGACCGAUUCUCUCGGCAUGACAUGAUUGGACAGGUGGUUGUGGAUAACUUUUUAGAUCUAGUGGAUUUUCCCAGGGAAACAAAUCUCUGGCGAGAUAUCCAGCAUGUGACCACAGACAAUGUGGACCUUGGGGACCUCAUGUUUUCUCUGUGUUAUCUUCCAACUGCUGGUAGACUGACUAUCACAAUAAUAAAGGCAAGAAAUCUAAAGGCCAUGGAUAUAACUGGAGCAUCAGAUCCCUAUGUAAAGGUGUCCUUAAUGUGCGAAGGAAGAAGAUUAAAAAAAAGAAAGACUUCAACAAAGAGAAAUACUUUAAAUCCUGUCUACAAUGAAGCCAUAGUUUUUGAUGUUCCCCCAGAAAACAUUGACCAAGUUAGCCUUUUGAUAGCAGUGAUGGACUAUGACCGCGUAGGUCACAAUGAGGUUAUUGGAAUCACUCGAGUAGGCAACAGUGCCGAGAGCCUUGGACGUGACCACUGGAAUGAAAUGCUGACAUAUCCCAGAAAACCUAUAGCUCACUGGCACUCAUUGGUUGAGUGGGUAGGACAAGGAACAGGAACAGGAAGCCAAGGAGGAUCAUGCAAUUCUCUUAAAGCCCCUCCUUCACCCUAAGAGAGACCACAACAGACUGAGAGUUGCACAGCAAGAGAGUAAAAAUGAAGUUCGAUACUUUAAGAAUUGUGGGAAGAGCUUAUGAAUUGAUUAUAGUUGUAUGGUGACCAAUUGUGUAUGUUGAACAAAACUUGAAGACUUUUCUCUAUGCCUACAUGAGUUUCGUUUUUUGUUCAGUUGCAUGCUGAGUGUUUAUAAAUUUUAUACUCAGUUAUGAAACAGUAAAUAAACAGAAAAACUUCCCAACUCCUCACAAAGCUAAAAUGUUGCAGGUAAUGUGAGAACAUUCAAAGUGCAUCUUAAAUAGCAGUAUUUUAUGUUUUAAAGACAUCUGUGUGUAGCACAUGUUAAAAAGCACUAAUUUUAUUUUUAAAUAGUGCAUGUUUAAGUGAAGUAUUCUAAUGCAAUUUUUUUUUCUUGUUUCUGUUAUGAGAAUAAAAGGUGUGAAAUUGCAACUAAUAUUAACCUCUUAGCAAACUACUGUGAUUUAUUAUUUUUAGAUAUAUUGUAGCAUUUAAA